GGAGUGGCUGAAGCACCAACCGCACAUCAGGGCCCGUACAGAUGACUGGACAAUCCUCAGAUUCCUGCGAGGCUGCAAGUUCUCCCUCGAACGGACGAAGGAAAAGCUAGACAUGUUCUACACCUGCAAGAGCCUCUGUCCCGAGUGGUACACAAACAGGGACCCGCAGGACAAGAAGAUUCGGGAGAUACUUGAACUUGGCCUAGUGCUCCCGCUCCCGAGGCACCGCGACGCCGACCCGUUCUACCUGAUCGCCCGACCCGGCCACCGCGACCCGAGCGCCACCACGAUGGACCACCUGUCGAAGGUCAUCCAGCUGUCCCUCCAGAUCAUCCAGGAGGAGGACGAGCCGCUCAGCAUCACGGGGGCGGUGCUCAUCAUCGACGUGGGCGAGUUGACGUUCCAGCACGCCGCGCAGAUGACGCCGCCGGCCAUAAAGAAGGCCCUCACCAUCCUGCAGGAUGGGUAUCCAAUGCGACCCAAAGGAUUGAACUACAUUCACACACCUGCCGCCUUUGACACGGUCUUCAGCAUCUUCAAGUCGUUUAUGAAGGAGAAGAUGAAGAAGAGGAUCCACAUCCACGGCAGCGACCUGGAGAGCCUCCACAAGGAAAUCCCGAAGGAGAUCCUCCCCGUUGAGUACGGCGGCACCAACGGCACGGUCGAGGACAUCAAGAACUACUGGCUCCAGCGCGUGGACGCCCGUCGGGACUGGCUUCUGGAGGACGAGAAGUACGGCGUGGACGAGUCGAAGCGCCCCGGGAAGGCCAAGACGUCCGCCGACCUCUUCGGGAUCGAGGGCUCCUUCAGGAAGCUCAACGUAGACUGAGGAUGGUUGGAGGAGGAGGCUGUGAACAGGAGGGAAGUCUUCCGCUGGUUAAGGAGCCCUUGGGAAAUGUGAGGAGGGGAUAAUUCUGUUAUUGAUUAAAAGGUGUUUUGAGGAGCUCGAUAAAAUUACGUAAAUGAUUCUUUGAUAUAAAUAAGAUUCAUACUUACGCAUAUAUAUAUAUAUAUAUAUAUAUAUAUAUAUGUAUAUAAAUAAAUAUAUAUAUAUAUAUAUAUAUAUAUAUAUAUAUAUAUAUAUAUAUACACACAUAUAUAUAAAGUCAGCUCAUCACUGUAAAAUCUAACACAUUACGUGCUUCUACCGCCCGUGAAAAUAAAACUUAACAAUAAUG